AAAAAAAAAAAUGAAAAACACGUUCGCACGAUACUCUUUGACGAUCCCAAGCAUCCCGGAAAACGUAAUUUCUCAUCUCAGACAAUGGAAUGAGUGGAUGGUGGGCGACACGUCAGAUGAUUCGCCGGGUCCCUCCUCAACAGUUAGCACAAUGACAACAACUGGAACUGUUGACAGGCGGUCACUACUGUCAGCAGCUUCAAUGGUUCGACAACAAUCAGAUACAACAGGUGUACGGAGGCUUGUGAGAGCUCGAGCCGUGCAAGAAGAUGAUGAAGCCGGACCUCAUUCUAGUAAUAAUCUCGCUGCAACAAUGUCACCCAAUUUAUCCAGGCCGACAAGAUAUGUUAAGUCGGUCUCACAGCAGCGGAGUGAAAGCUACAUACAACUCAAUCAAUAUAGGCUAAUGGAGGAAAUUGGACAGGGCUCAUAUGGAAUUGUUAAACUUGCGUACAAUGAGGAGGACAAGAACUUGUACGCAUUGAAAGUAUUGGAUAAAAUGAAGCUCUUGAAGAAUUUCGCAUGUUUUCGGCAGCCUCCACCACGAAGGAAUAAGGAGAAUGCGGCACCGUCUGUGCUCAGGAAUCCCUUGCAAUUGGUACAAAAGGAAAUUGCAAUUUUAAAGAAAUUGUCACAUCCGAAUGUGGUAAAGCUUGUGGAGGUACUUGACGAUCCAAAUGACAACUAUUUGUAUAUGGUAUUUGAAUUUGUGGAAAAAGGUUCAAUUCUAGAAAUUCCGACGGACAAACCUUUAGAUGAAGAUACGGCGUGGAGCUACUUUCGGGAUACAUUAUGUGGAUUAGAGUACUUGCAUUAUCAAAAAAUUGUGCACCGAGACAUCAAGCCGUCAAACCUUCUGCUCAGCGAUAUAGGUCAAGUAAAAAUUGCCGAUUUCGGAGUGUCUUGUGAAUUUGAAGGAAUCGACGCAUUUCUAUCGGGAACUGCCGGUACGCCUGCCUUCAUGGCUCCAGAAGCAUUGACGGAAGGGGCAAAUCAUUUUUAUUCGGGUCGAGCACAGGAUAUCUGGUCAUUAGGAAUCACUUUAUACGCGUUUGUAAUUGGAACUGUCCCAUUCGUUGAUAAUUACAUCAUAGCCCUCCACAAAAAAAUCAAAAACGAUCCGAUUGUUUUCCCGGAAGCACCAAUUUUAAGUGAAGCUCUGCAAGACAUUAUUCUAGGAAUGCUCAAAAAAGAUCCCGGGCAUCGAUUAAUGUUGCACGAAGUGAAAGUACACACGUGGGUGACACGUGACGGUACCGUACCAAUGUCAUCAGAACAGGAGAAUUGUCAUCUGGUUACUGUAACGGAGGAAGAAAUCGAGAAUUGCGUCAGAGUGAUACCACGGUUGGAUACUCUAAUUCUGGUGAAAGCUAUGGGACAUCGCAAGCGGUUUGGCAAUCCAUUCAGAAACAAGUUGAGCGCGCAAUCAAGUAUUAGGGAUCGGAGGAAGAGCAGCUCAGUGAAGGAUCCGACAUAUGUACCGCCACCAAACUCUCCACCAGCUACAUCGAAUAAUAACUUGAAUAGUACAAAAGUUGAUCGUCCAGAAAUCAAAUGCAUCGAGAUGAAUUUAUCGGGUUUAACGCUAAAAGUCGACGAAGCAAUGCAAUCAAAAGUCGAGUCCGCUAGACAAUAGUUUUAUUAUUUUAAUUUUUACUUUUUUUCUAAUUGAAGUAUAUUUCCGGGUUCAAUUCAUUUCCCAACACACGUCCCAUUAAAACUUUUCUAGAUCUCAUUUUCCAACGAAUUUAUAAAAAGUUGAAUUUCAUCAUCAUCUCCUGUGUUAUUUUAUUUUAUAUCGGCUUUAAUUUCUUUCCUUUUUUUAUUCAAAAUCUCAAUCAAAAAUUUUUCCUGAAUGCUACAUGUUUCUAGACAUCUGAUAAUAGAAGUGCCUAUUAUAAAGCUAUUUUAAAUUA